AUGUAAAUCGAGUUUGAUUAAUACUUAACAUUGUUAACUAAUUUGGAAGAAGAAACUGUUAAAAAGAUUAGAGAGUUAUAUCUUUUGGUUGAAAAUAAUAAAUCUGAAACAACAAAGUGGACUGAUUCUGAAAAUAAACUAUUAAAGUGUUUGAUACAAACUUAUUGUAGUAAUUAAAACAUAAUCCAUUUUCAUGUACCUGACAAUGUUUGGAAUAUAGUUUCGAAAUUGAUUAAGAAAUCAGUAAUGGAUUGUAGAUAACAGUUAGAAAACUUAAAAAAAUUAAGAUUUCAUUAACAAUAAUGGACCAAAAAUGAGGAUGAUGUAUUAAAGGAAAUUUGUAAUUAGUAUACAUCAUAAAAUAAGUAAUUUGAUUGGAGUGAAAUUGCAAAAGAAUUAUCUUAAAAAUGUAAUUAAUCUACAAUAAAGUUGACAAAAAAUGUAAGAAAUAGAUGGAUUAAUAAAUUAAAUCCUCAAAUUUAAAAAGGUCCUUGGGAUACAAAUGAAGAGAUUGAAUUCAUGAGAAAUCUAUUAAAUCAUGGAAAAAAUUGGUAAAAUAUUUCAUUAGAAAUGAAAAACCAAAGAACUGAGAGUUCUGUAAAAAAUAGAUACUUUAGUAUUUUAAAAAAGCUGGAAUUUAAAGAAAUUUAAUUAUUAGAUAAAUAAUAAAUUGAAAAUGAACUUUAAAAACAUAAUAUAAACUAAUUCAAUAAAGUUGAUGAACUUGGAUAACAAGAAAUCAGCUUUAUUUUAUUUUAUUUAAAUGAACUUAACUUGAAGAAAAAUAAAUAAAAUGCUAAUUAAUAAAAUUAUCAAAGAGAAAGUGAUGUUAAAAAAUAAGAAGCUCCUCCUAUUGAAUUAAAUAAUCGUUAAAAAAAAAAGAUUAAAGCAUCUAAAAAAUCAAGUAAUUCACAUGCUUCUAAUAUAUUGGAGAAAGUGUUAAAACAAUAUUAGUAAGAUUAAAUAAUAGAUUAUAACAAAAUUAAGGAGCAUUAUUAGGAUGUCGUUGCUAAAAAAGGAGAAACUCUUGAAUUAGAUGAUGAAUUGCUUAGUGAUUCAGAGAAUUUAUCUGAUGUUUAAUUUGCAAUAAUGAAUAAAGAUUCAUAAAAUAUACAUGUAUUUCCAAAGAAUUAACUCAAAGCGGUUAUGGAAAUAAUAAAGUAAAAAAAAGAGAGUAAAAAAGAUUGUAAAAAAGAAUAAACACAAUCAUAACUGAAAUAACAAAUCCCUAUAGAUGGAAAUUAAAUGAUCAAUUAAAAAUAGUAACAAAUUUAAAAAUAAAAAGAAUAAGUACCACAAUAAAAUUAAUAACAUUAAUAAAUAUAACAUCAAUUUAAUUAGCCUACUUCAGAACAAUAAAUAAAUUAAUAACAAAAUUUUUACUAAUAAUAAUAAUAAUAGUAAUUAUUGUAAUAAUAAUAAUAACAAUUGUAUUAAUAAUAGUAAUAGCAAUUUUAUUAACAAUAAUAACAAUAACAAUAAUAACAAUAAUAACAAUAAUAAUAAUAACAAUAAUAAUAACAAUAACAAUAACAAUAAUAAUAACCGUUCUAUCAAGUUCUAUAUCCAAAUUUUUUAUAUCCUUAGAUGUAAAUGCAACCAAUAACUUAAAUACCAGUUAUGGGUGCUCAAGUAAUGGGACAAAUACCAGGAUAAAUGAUGGGUCCUAUGCCUGGAUAAAUGAUGAUAUAAAUGCCUCAAUAAAUGAUGGGAUAAUUAAAUGGAUAACUACAAGGAUAAAUGGCAGGUUAGAAUAUUUAAUUGGUUUCUGCUCUUCCAGGUUAAAUGUAAUAAAUAAUGUAACCUUUAAAUUAAUAAAUGGCAGAUCAAUUUCAAAAUAUUAUGCAACAACAUUAAAGUUCUAAUAGUCAAAAUAAUUAAUAGUAAAAGGUAUAAUAGAGUGAAUUGAAUUAGAUGUAAAUGCAAUAGGUAUCUCCUAUUGGUAUACCACAAUAAUAAUAUAUUCCAUUAAUGUAUAUAAUUUUGAAAUAGUUAGGUUUCCUCCUUAAGCUCUUUAUCCAUAAUAACAGUUCUAAUAGAUGGGUUAAUAAACAAAUUAAUAGAAUGGUAAUUUGAAAGAAAUGUUUUAAUAGACAUCUUAAUAAUAGAUGCCUACAAUGAAUUAUGGAAUGCAAAUGAUGCCUCAAUUUGGUGGUGAUCAAUACUUUCAGUUAAUGAAUAUGAACCAAGGAUUUUAAUUAAAGUAGCCUAACUACUCUUUUGUGAAACAAGAGUUGGAAGACUAAUAAUAGAAAAAUAAUAAAUGA